AUGGUCAAGUCCAAAAACCACACCACACACAACCAGUCCCAAAAAUGGCACAGAAAUGGUAUCAAGAAACCAAGAUUGCAACGAUAUGAGUCUCUUAAGGGAAUAGACCCCAAAUUCCUGAGGAAUAUGCACUUUGCCAAGAAGCACAACAACAGGGGCCUGAAGAAGAUGCAAGCCAACAAUGCCAAGGCCAUGGAUGAACGUACUGAGGCUGGGAAGGCUCUUGCGAAGCCCAAAGAGGUCCAGCCCAGGAUCCCAAGGGGUGUCAACCGCAAGUUCAGCCAACUCGCCUACAUCACCCAUCCCAGGCUUGGGAAGCAUGCUCAGGCCCACAUUGCCAAGGGGUUCAGGCUUAACCAGCCAAAAUCCAAAGCCAAGGCUGAGAGGAAGGCGCCAGCUAAGGCCUCAACCCAGGCUCCUGCUCCAAGCCAGGCUCCUAAAGGUGCCCAGGCCCCUGCAAAGGCUCCAUAA